AUGGGACGGAAGGGCACUGAGGGAUCACCGUACCAGCCAGUGUUCCGGAUUGAAAGGGAGGACGGUGUCACCCAGCGCUCCUGCCCACUGUCUGAGCUGGAGCCCAGCAUCCCGCGCUCACCUGCAUCCCAGGGGCCGGAACGCAGUCACGUGGCCACGGCGCCCGUGAAGCGGCGGGGAAGUGCCGUCUCUCGAGUGGCCAGAAGGAAAGGGAACCGCGAGGCCCUGGCCCAGCCCCAGCCCUGGUGGACGACCCAGCUGUCCGUGUGGGAGCCGGUGCUGUUCGGGACCUGGGAUGGUGUCUUCACGUCCUGCAUGAUCAACAUGUUUGGGGUUGUCCUUUUCCUGAGGACUGGCUGGCUGGUGGGAAACACGGGCGUGCUCGCGGGCGUGUUUCUGGUGUCCCUCGUCGCCCUGGUGGCCCUGGUGGCCGUGCUGUCCGGCAUCGGGCUUGGGGAGCGCUGCGGCGUGGGCGGCGGCGGGGUCUACGCCAUGGUCGCCGGGGUCCUCGGCGGGCAGACCGGAGGCACCGUUGGGCUGCUCUACGUGUUCGGACAGUGUGUUGCAGGUGCCAUGUACAUCACCGGCUUCGCGGAGUCCGUCUCGGAUCUGCUGGGCCUCAGGCACGUCUGGGCCGUGCGAGGAAUCUCCGCUGCGGUGCUGCUGGCCUUGCUGGCGGUUAACCUGGCAGGGGUCCGCUGGAUCGUCCGCCUCCAGCUGCUGCUGCUGCUCCUGCUGGCCGUGUCCGCCCUGGACGUCGUGGUGGGCUCUUUCACGCACCUGGACCCGGAACAUGGUUUUAUUGGAUAUUCACCAGAACUGCUACAGAACAACACGCUGCCAGAUUACAGCCCUGGAGAGUCCUUUUUCACUGUCUUUGGGGUGUUCUUCCCAGCAGCUACAGGAGUCAUGGCCGGCUUCAACAUGGGGGGCGACCUCAGGGAGCCCGCUGCCAGCAUUCCCCUGGGCUCCCUGGCAGCUGUUGGCAUCUCGUGGUUUCUGUACGUCGUCUUCGUCUUCCUGCUCGGCGCCGUCUGCACCCGGGAGGCCCUUCGCCGUGACUUCCUGAUCGCGGAGAAGGUGUCCCUAGUGGGCUUCCUGUUCCUUUUGGGCUUAUACGUCUCGUCCCUGGCCUCCUGCAUGGGUGGCCUCUAUGGAGCCCCCCGGAUCCUGCAGUGCAUUGCCCAGGAGAAAGUGAUUCCUGCUCUGGCCUGCCUGGGGCAAGGGAAAGGGCCAAAUAAAACACCUGUAGCUGCCAUCUGCCUGACCAGCUUGGUGACCAUGGCCUUUGUCCUCGUGGGUCAGGUGAAUGUCCUGGCCCCCAUCGUCACCGUCAGCUUCAUGCUGACAUACAUCGCGGUGGACUACUCUUUCUUCUCCCUGUCCGUGGGCGCCUGCAGCCUCCCGCAGGUGCCCGCCUCGGUGCCCGGGGAGGGCCUGGAAGCUCGCCACUGCUCGGAGCACCUGCCCCUGGAGGAGGCUCCCGGCUAUGGCUCUGGGGGCGUUGCCCGGAGCCUCUCUGAGAGCACUCUGCUGGAAUUCACCAAGGACAUGGACCAGCUCCUCCAGCUAACCAGGAAGCUUGAGAGCAGCCAGCCCGGGGAAGGAGAGAGCCACAGGAUCCCAGAGAUUCAGAAGGGGAAGACCAAUAAGGCCAGCAAGCAAACCCUCCAAGAGAGCUUCCUCUUGGACCUCAGGCCCCCUGCUUCCUUCCCUCCCGAAGGCUCUGACGGAUGGCCCACUGCCUCCUGGGAGGGGCUGGGGCCCCGCGGGAACAUGCAGAGUCCCAGGGGUGAAGGGGCUCGGCCUGCAGGAGCCUGUGGAGAGCAGCUCAUCCCUGAGCCGCGUAAGCAGCCCAGGCCGCGUGCAGAAGAUUUCUUCCUAAAGUCCAGGCUUCAGGAACAAGAUAUCCAGAGACCAACUUCUUUCUAUACUCUCAUAUGCAACCCCUGGGUCUCCUUGUUGGGGGCUGUUGGGUCUCUUCUCAUCAUGUUUGUGAUCCAGUGGGUCUAUACGCUGGUGAGCAUGGGUGUUGCUGCCAUUGUGUAUUUCUACAUUGGUUGGACCAGUCCCGGGCUUCACCUUGGCUUAGCCUCCAGCUUCAGCCUUUGCAGAUGGAUGAGGUCUCUUCUGAUCCCUUCCUACAGGAGCUUGCGAUCCCCCCAAGAGCAGAUAAUUUUGGCGCCGUCCCUGGCUAGGGUUGACAUGGAGAUGACUCAGCUCACCCAGGAGAACGCAGACUUCGCCACCCGGGAUCGCUACCACCACUCCUCCCCUGUGAGCCGGGAACAGCUGAGUCCUCGGUACUAGAAUACUGGGUCCUCAGUACUAGGCAGCCCGGGACCCUCCCCUCCUGGAGCUGUCCAGGGUGCAGUGGACCCAAAUCCCAGAACCUUUGUGGAACUGGUUCUCCUUGGUAAGAAACUCAAAGACCUGUCCUCCCCCGGCCGUUCUGGAUGAUGGAAACGUGCGUUCUGGUCUGGAGCACCGCGUCUACGACCAGGGACCCACUGCAGUGGCGGUGGCGCCUGAAACACACGCCCGGUCUGAAGAGCGCCACGUGGACACCAAGACGCACAGGUGUGGGGAACCAGACCAGACUGCUUGUU